AUGUUCGCUAAAGUAGUAACACUUUGCGCUGUUGUGGCGGUUGCCUCCGCGGGACUCCUGCCGGCGGCCGUGCACUACUCCCCAGCAUCCGCUGUCUCCUCUCAGAACAUUGUUCGUCACGACCAGCCCCAAGCUCUCGCCAACUACGCCGUCGCUUCUCCCGUCGCAUACCACUCUGCCCCAGCCCCUAUUGCCUACCACGCACCGAUCGCUAAAGUUCUAGCUCAACCAGAAGAGAUCGCCUACCCCAAAUACGAGUACAGCUACUCCGUGGCCGACGGGCACACCGGCGACAACAAGCAGCAGCAGGAAGUGCGCGACGGCGACGUCGUGAAGGGCUCCUACUCCUUCCACGAGGCUGACGGCUCCAUCAGGACCGUGCACUACUCCGCCGACGACCACAACGGCUUCAACGCCGUGGUGCACAACUCCGCGCCCACCGCCGCGCCCGCCUACCUCAAGGCCGCGCCGCUCCUCGUCAAAGCUCCCGUCUACACCGCCCCGGCCCACUCCUACUACCACUAA